AUGUCAUCCUACAUCCCACCAUUUAUUGUUUCUGACUGCAGUCAAAGAGUCGCGGACAGCGAGGUUAUCAUUCCCACGAGUGAGCAGGUGUUGGAAAGACUUGCGCACGGCAAGCUUAUUGUUCCUAACUGUAGUGAACAGCUGUUUGAAGAAAUCACUCACGCAAACCCUUACCUUCGAAUGAACCUUAUUGAAGGCCAACUUGAAUUAAUGCCAGUUCUCAAGGAAACGAAUGCAAGAGAAGCAGAAAUUAUUGGACAACUCUAUAUUUGGUGUUGUGCCAACAGGAACCUGGUUGGACAAUUUGGUGCUUCCCAGGGUGCUUUUAGGGUGCCUAAUGGCAGGGGUGGCUUUAACAUUUUAGGUCCUGAUGCAUCUGUUGUACUUAGUAGUCCCAGAUGGAAUGCUUUCUUAGCUAACCAACCACCCAGACGACCCGGAGAAUCAAAUUAUCCCGAAGUAACACCUAAUUUCAUUAUAGGAAUAAGGUCCGAAAGCGAUACGGCCUUAGAUGUUGACCGAAAGAUGAAUCUAUGGAUGAGGGGAGGAGCCGAGGGAAGUAGACCAAUAAUGAUGA